AUUAAUAUAUAUUGGAAUGUGCAUAAGAUGAAAGCUAGUUUGAUUAUUGACACACAAGAUGAAGUUUGCUACUGAACUAUGCAUUUUGUUGUUCACCACAUCUUUCUUUCUCCUCAUUUCAGGGCUUGAAGUCAAUUCUAUUUCUUAUGAUUAUUCUGCUACUAUUCAGUGUAUGAGAAAACCUCAGAGAGCACAAUAUGGAGGGGGCAUUAUAGUAAAUCCAGGAUUUGAUCAUAACAUAGAGGGUUGGAGAGUGUUUGGAAAUGGAACAAUCGAAGAACGAGUAUCGAGUGAUGGCAAUAGAUUCCUUGUUGCUAGCAAUAGAACACAACCAUUGGAUGGUUUCUCACAGAAGGUCCAAUUGAAGAGAGGAAUGAUAUACACCUUUUCAGGUUGGUUUCAGCUUAGUGAAGGCAGUGACAUCGUGUCAGUUGUAUUUAAAAGAAAUGGAGAUGAACUGGUAAGAGGUGGUCAUGUGAUAGCUAAGCGUGGUUGCUGGUCUCUGCUAAAAGGCGGCAUAGUUGCAAAUUUUUCAAGCCCUGUUGAGAUUCUUUUUGAGAGUGAGAAUCCAACAGUGGAAUUAUGGGCUGAUAGUUUCUCCUUACAACCAUUCACCAGAAAGCAAUGGAGAUCACACCAAGACGACGGUGUUGAGAGGGUACGUAAAAGCCGGGUGAGAUUCCAUGUAACUCAUCCAAACAAAACAGCGUUGGAAGGAGCAACAGUUGUGAUCAAACAAACAAAGGCAGAUUUCCCAUUUGGAUGUGCAAUGAAUCGUCAUAUCCUCACAAACAAUGAGUACCAGAAAUGGUUUGUGUCAAGAUUCAAAUACACAACUUUCACCAAUGAGAUGAAGUGGUAUAGUACAGAGAAAAUUCCAGGCCAGGAAAACUAUACUAUCUCAGACGCCAUGCUGAAACUCGCCAAAGAUAACGGCAUUUCUGUCAGAGGUCAUAACAUUUUAUGGGACAAUGGAAAUCGUCAGCCUCAAUGGGUUAAGUCCCUAUCUCCGGACAAAUUACGAGAAGUGGCUGAUAUAAGAAUGAAUUCUGUGGUUUCAAGGUAUAAAGGACAACUGAUUGCAUGGGAUGUGGUCAAUGAGAAUGUCCACUUCCACUUUUUUGAGGAUAAACUCGGCUCAAAUGCAUCUGGAGUAUAUUAUUCAAAGGCUUACCAACUUGAUCCGAAAACCAACAUGUUCAUGAAUGAGUAUAACACCAUUGAAUACAGUGGAGAUAAAGGUGCUAGCCCAACCAAUUUUAUCAGGAAACUCAAGAAGAUUCAGCAAUUUCCAGGAACUGAUGGAAUAUCAUUGGCCAUAGGGUUGCAAAGUCAUUUUGCAAGUGGCCAGCCGAACAUUGCUUACAUGAGGUCAGGUCUAGAUCUUCUUGGUGCAACUGGACUUCCUAUAUGGCUCACGGAAGCCAGCAUGGAUCCUCACCCAAAACAGGCAGAGUAUUUUGAAGAGAUACUAAGAGAGGGUUACUCUCAUCCUGCUGUUCAAGGGAUCAUAAUGUUUGUUGGUCCAGAACAAGCCGGUUUCAACAGUACACUCCUUGCGGAUGCAGAUUUUCAAAAUACCCCAACUGGAGACAUUGUGGACAAGCUGAUUCAUGAGUGGGAAACUGGGCCUCAAACAGCCAUAGCAGAUAGUAGAGGAAUUGUAGAUAUUUCACUACGUCAUGGGGAUUAUGAAGUGACUGCCACACACCCUCUAACCAAAUGCUCCAAAACUAUGAAAAUAAGUGCAAGGAAAGGAUUUUCAAUGGAAACCAUUCAUGUGAAAAUGCAUGCCUGAAAAGCAACCACCUUUUAAAACUUCUGCUGAAGCAUGCUGUUACCUAUGUCAUUGUUUAGAGAUUAUAAUAAAAUGGUUUGCAGGGUCAUGCUUGAUUUUUAUUUUA